AUGUCGUUCAAAACUGUUAGUUCAAAAGUCGCAGCAACCAUUGAUCAAGAGUUGAUGGGCCCGGUAGGGUUUACUUUGCAGCAGCUAAUGGAACUUGCUGGAUUGUCUGUUGCCCAAGCAGUACUCCAUCAGUUUCCUGUCCAGCCAUCUAAGAACCAGGUGCUCGUUAUAUCCGGACCAGGUAACAAUGGUGGUGAUGGGUUAGUAUGUGCAAGACAUUUGAAGUUGUUCGGUUAUGAACCGGUUGUCUACUACCCUAAAAGAUCCGGAAGAGAAGAGUUUUACGGGCAGUUGGUGAAACAGCUAGAGUUCUUCAACGUGCCAGUAUUGGGGCAAGGUCCAGAUGAAGGCAAAUGGGUGGAAUAUCUAGAGCACGAAAAGACGGUUUGUGUAGUGGAUUCAAUGUUUGGCUUUUCGUUCCACCCACCAUUGAGAGAACCGUUCAAUGACAUAUUAUCCAGAUUGAAGAAAUUAGAAAACAAAGUGCCAAUUGUGGCAGUCGACGUCCCCAGUGGGUGGGAUGUAGACAAUGGACCAGUUGAUGAGAAGUCAAUACAACCAAAUACCCUCGUUUCUUUAACUGUUCCCAAACCUUGUGCCAAAUUCUUGAAGCCAGAAGCAAACCAUUAUGUUGGAGGCAGAUUUGUACCAAAACAUUUUGCGCAGAAAUAUGGCUUCGAGCCAUUUGAGUACCAAGGUGGUAGCCAGGUUUUAAAGCUCUAA